CCUCUCUAAGUGCUGUGCAGUUCCUGUUCUACCCUUUCACAAUAUAAGAUCCAGCUUGAGCUCCAAGCAACAUAACAAAUAGCUGUUGCAAGGUUUCUCCACAACUGUCUUUUGCCAAUAUCGAUUGGCUGGCUGGCUGGCUGGCUGGCUGGCUGGGGCAUGAACGGAGGGACCAAUUCUGUCCCCUGCAGUCUGUUUCCAAGACCUCUUUGCAGGUCCCAGAGGAGAUCCAGUUCCCAAUUCAGCUCUCAGGACGCUCUGCCACCUCCCACCAUGGAGUUUGCUGAGCUGAUCAAGACCACCAAGGUGGAUGAUGUGGUUCUCUCAUGCCCAGGACUCCAGACCAUCCGGGGGACACUGGCCAUCACCAGCCAUCACUUACUGUUUUCAUCCCAGGCCGAAGGGAAUGGGGAACAGAGAAGAACUGAGCUGUGGCUUCUUAUUCGCAAUGUGGAUGCCAUUGAAAAAAGGUUGGCCAACCCAUCUGGCACCAUCACUCUCAAAUGCAAAGACCUGAAAAUUCUGCGGUUGGAAAUCCCGGGAAUGGAGGAGUGCCUGAACAUUGCCAACUCCAUUGAGGCCCUUUCUUCUCUGGAAUCGGUGAUGAUGACCUACCCCUUCUUCUACAGACCCCAAAACACAACGCUGGGCACUGGGUGGCUGACGCACAUUACUGAACAGUAUUACAAGCAGAUUGCAACUGACACGGGGGCCUGGAGGCUGAGUUCUAUCAAUGCAGACUUUGGGGUUUGUCCCAGUUAUCCUCCAUUUGUGAUCGUACCAGCGAGACUGGAUGAUGAAGCCCUUCAGAAGAGUGCUCGAUUUCGUCAGGGGAGGCGAUUCCCAGUUCUCAGCUACUACCACAAAAAAAAUGGAACGGCAAUGCUUCGCAGCAGCCAGCCCCUUGUGGGGCCCAACCGGAAACGCUGCCAUGAGGAUGAGCUGCUCUUGGCUGCUGUCCUGGAAGGUGGGGAACGGGGCUUCAUCCUGGACACCAGGUCGCUGCAGGCUGCAAAGCAGGCCCGGGUGAUGGGGGGAGGCCUGGAGCACCGAAGCUGCUACCCCGGCUGGAAGAGGCUGCACCGAGCGUUAGAGAGGGGUCGCUCCCUCCAGGAAAGCUUCAUCAAACUGGUAGAAGCCUGCAAUGACCUUUCUCCCCACAUGGACCGCUGGCUGAGCAGGCUGGAAGCCUCCAAGUGGUUGUCCCAUGUCAAGGAAGCCUUGAAUGCUGCCUGCCUGGCAGCCCAGUGCCUGGAAAGAGAGGAGGCUUGCGUCCUGGUGCAUGGAGCUGAAGGGAAAGAUGCUACCUUGUUGGUGACAGCUCUUGCCCAAGUCAUCCUGGAUCCAGCCUGCAGGACACUGGUCGGCUUCCAGGGACUGCUGGAGCGGGAAUGGAUACAGGCCGGGCACCCCUUCCAGCUCCGCUGUGCCCACUCUGCCUAUGCGCACACCCGGCUCAAGCAAGAGGCGCCCACCUUUCUCCUUUUCCUUGACUGUGUCUGGCAACUGGGGCGCCAGUUUCCCUUCUCCCUGGCAUUCAACGAGCAUCUCCUGCUGGCACUCUUUGAACAUUGCUACGCCUCUCCCUACAGCACGUUCUUGGGCAACAAUGAGAAAGAAAGGCGGUUGUGUGAAAUGAGGGAGAAGACCCACUGCCUCUGGCCCUGGAUAAACCACGUGGAGAAGUUCCUGAAUCCCCUCUACGUGUACAACCCCCUGGCCAUCUGGCCCUCCGUGGAGCCACAGAGCUUGGUGCUCUGGCAAGGCUUAUUUCUCCGCUGGGUCCAUUCAUCCCACCAUCUUGAUGAAGCAUGGGCAGAAAUUCGGCAAAUAGCAACAAGUAGCCAAACCUAUUCACCACAGUUGCACACUGCCACGCCCUCUUUUUAAAUGAAGAAGUCAAAUUGGCUGGUCACCCCAAAAGGGGAGACUUGAAAAAACAGAGGAAGAGUUGCUGACACAGAAGGACAGAAACAAACACUUCGUCUGUGGCACUGAAAAGACUGUGAACAUGUAGGUGUAUUUCCCAAGCCUUUUUUUUUUUACUGUUACAAAUAAAAUACAGCUCUUUAAAUCUAAGUUUUAGAUCAAGGAAAUGCAGAACACAAGAUAAAAUCUUCCUGGAAUGAGAAAGUCAUCUGGAUACUCACAUGUAGCACCCCAAUUUGGAGCCAAUAGCUAUGCUUGGACAAUAAAGCUGACAUGGCUAAGCAUUUUAAAUGUUAAAUAUUAGUUGAAGCCUAAUCUGUGCUGGAUGGGGAAUUCUGCAAGUUGAAGUCUACUUUACCUAAAGUUGUUAAGGUUGAAAAAUGCUGCUCUAACCCAAUAAACUGAUCCAAUAAUUUCACAAUAUCCUGUAAAUCCUGGAGGAUGUAGAACUUGGGCUUUACUUAGCAAAACCCCCAAUAUGGAAACCCCUGAUGAUGACACCGAAGCCAACGAAUCAUACACAUGAUGGAAACAGUAUUAAAAAUAGCAAUUACCUGUACCCAAUUAACACGUUCAUACAUAUUUCUUUUCAUGUUAUAAAGGAAGAAUUUAUUAUCUGCGUCUCACAUUAUAAAUAGGGCAACUGCAGCUGUUCCAAGAGUGUACAAGUAGAGAGAUUGUCCCACAGAGAAGCGGCCGCUGCAGCAGACCAUCCAUUUGGCCCUUAAGCAUCGCUCAGGA